AUGGCUCCUGUCAUAUCAUCCCCAACACCCAUCGUUGGGGUGAAGACCGCGGGUGGUAAGCCCGCCCAACGUCUCCCGAUCGAUGUGUUUCAAACCCAACACGAGUUCGCAUUCGCGCUCUACGUCCAGGCGCUUGCUGCGUGGCAGAAGAAUGGCAACGAGAAGUUUGACCAGGACAAUGCUAAUGGGACAAGCUACUUUCAGGUCACAGGUGUUCACGGUGUUCCGUAUGUGCCGUGGCAGAAGGACCCCACUGCGGGAUCAGUCACUACCGUUGGGUACUGCACGCAUCGCAGUGUUCUCUUCAUUCCGUGGCACCGACCGUAUCUGAUGCUCUAUGAGCAAAUCAUAUUUGCUUAUGCCCAAGAAAUCGCCGCAAAGGCGUCUGGUUCCGCUGCAGACGCAUACAAAGCGGCACUCCAGGAUGUCCGACUGCCGUAUUGGGACUGGGCAUCUGAUCCCCAUCUCCCAGCCGUGACGAUGUCCCCGGACAUCACGCUCACUGUCCCAGGGAAGACGCCCGGGGCAAAGGAGACUCUCCGUCUUCCACACAAUCCUCUUUAUUCCUACCAAUUCACGUCCGAUUGGGCUACUCGUACCAUUCAGACGGAGAUGGGGUGGCCUUCUACUGGUGCGUGGGCAGAAUCCAAGCGAUGCCCGGAUGCGAACGGAAACAAUCACCAGGAAAUCGCGAACGCUCAAAUCGCCAGAGUCGCCAAACCCUUCAGGGCUUCCACGUUCGAUGCUCUCACAAAUGUCACCAAUUUUGACCAGUUUACCUGCCAGGCCUGGAGACCCAAGCAGCCAGUCAAGGCAUACAACUCGGUGGAGAGCAUGCACAACACCAUUCACGAUUACACCGGCACGAACGACUCCGUCGACCAGAACAAGCAGUACGGCAACAUGUCUGAUGUCCAGGCCAGCUCGUUCGACCCGAUCUUCUGGCUCCACCACGUCAACUGCGACCGUCUCACGGCCAUCUGGCAGGCAAUGAACCCCAACAACACCAUUGACGAGUUCCCCUCGCAGACGGACCGGUUCGUCAAGCGAUCCGGCGCGGUUGAGGGAGGCACUUCGAACCUCGAGCCGUGGCACAAGACCUCGGCGCACUCUAUGACGGACUACUACGUCGCCAACGACACCAAGGAGCUGAUCAGCACGUUUGACGGCGGGUAUUACUACCCGGAGACGCCCUUGGACCUGCUCAAGAAGCCCGACCAGAUGAGGACAUAUGUCACGCAGCAGGUCUACAAUCUGUACGCCCCCGCCUCCUUUCGUCCGCCGGCACAGAAGCUCGCAGGCGCGGCCUCUACCAACGGCAAGUCCGCCAACGGGACGGCGGCAAAUGGCAAGUCUAACGACGGCCUUCCCCCGAUCAACAUCCGCCGCCAUCAGGGCUCAGCCCCGGCACACAACGGGACAACAAGUGCCAACCACAAUGGAACCAGUGCCAAUCACAACGGAGGCACCACAAACCACAACACCAACCACUGGCAGGUCUUCCUGCGGGUCAAGAACUUCGCGCUUACGGGGACCUGGGGCAUUCACGUCUUCCUGGGCGAGCUGCCCGCGUCGACGGCCGACUGGCUCCUGUCGGACAGCCGCGUUGGAACGGUGACGAUGCUGUCCAACCAGUCAAGGCAGAACUGCGCCAACUGCGUGGCCCAGGCUGAGGACGGCAUCCUCGUCACAGGCUCGGUGCCGCUGAACGAGGCGCUGGAGGAGAGAGGUGUGGACGUCGGCGACACCGCGGCUGUGGUGGCGUAUCUGAAGGACAACCUCUCUUGGAGGGUGGUUAAAGACACGCAAGACGUCCCUAUCACGGAUGACUUCGCCCUCACCGUCGGAGUCUCGGCCGAGCCCGUGUCCGUCUCAGGGUCGAAUACUGAGCUGCUUACCUGGGGCCAUUGCGAAGUGUUCCCAGAAGCGACUGCUGGCAAGAUUGGGGGUCUCAGCGCGCAGAACAGGGUCGAGUUAGACUUGUAG